AUGUUCCAAAAUAAACCGUUCCAAAGACUUCCGAAAAAUGUCGUACCUAAACAUUACAAUUUGAAAUUGGUUCCAAAUCUCGAGAAAUUUACUUUUAACGGAACAACAGAGGUGAAAGUAUCGAUUGUGAAUCCUACCCAGGAAAUAGUACUCAAUUCUUUAGAUUUGGAUUUGACCAGUGUGACAUUACAAUAUGACGAUUCAGGAUGUGAUUCGGCGCUCACUCCUUUGGAAGUGCGGUUAUCUGCACCGGAUGAGACAGCAAUUAUAGUUUUCGAAAAACAUCUACGCGAGGGCGAUGCAACGCUUUAUUGUGAAUUUACUGGUGAGAUGAACGAUAAAAUGAAGGGUCUGUACCGAAGCAAAUACUUAACCCCAGGUGGCGAAGAACGCUAUGCUGCCGUUACUCAGUUUGAGGCUACAGAUGCACGCCGAUGUUUUCCGUGCUGGGAUGAACCUGCCAUUAAAGCAACUUUUGAUAUAUCGUUAGAAGUGCCAGCUGAUCGAGUUGCUCUUUCAAACAUGCCUAUGAAAGAGGAAAAGGCAAUUGGGGAAAAAAAAUUAAUACAUUUUGAUACAACCCCUAUUAUGUCUACUUAUCUUGUGGCAGUUGUGGUGGGAGAGUAUGAUUAUGUUGAAAAGAAAUCUCAGGAUGGUGUCUUAGUUAGAGUGUAUACUCCCGUAGGCAAGAGUAAACAAGGGUUAUUUGCAUUAGAAGUUGCAGCACGAGUCUUACCUUAUUAUAAAGAAUACUUUGAUAUAGCUUAUCCACUACCAAAGAUUGAUUUAAUAGCAAUUGCAGAUUUCUCUGCUGGUGCUAUGGAAAACUGGGGUCUGGUAACAUACAGAGAGAUGUGCCUUUUAGUUGAUGAAAAACAUACUUCAGCUGUGCAUAGACAGUGGAUAGCUUUAGUUGUAGGCCAUGAGCUGGCACAUCAAUGGUUUGGUAACCUUGUCACCAUGGAGUGGUGGACUCAUCUUUGGCUCAAUGAAGGAUAUGCUUCGUUUGUUGAAUUUCUAUGUGUAAAUCAUCUUUUUCCUGAAUAUGAUAUUUGGACACAAUUUGUAACUGAAACUUAUAUCAAAGCACUAGAACUGGAUUGUUUGAAGAAUUCACACCCUAUAGAAAUACCAGUAGGUCAUCCUUCAGAAAUAGAUGAGAUAUUUGAUGAUAUAUCAUACAACAAAGGGGCUUCUGUCAUACGCAUGUUACAUAAAUAUAUUGGUGAUGAUGACUUUCGAAAAGGCAUGAAUAUUUAUUUAACAAGGCACCAGUAUAAAAAUACUUUUACAGAAGAUUUAUGGGCAGCAUUAGAAGAAGCUUCAAAUAAACCUGUAAGAGCCGUUAUGUCAACCUGGACUAAGCAGAUGGGUUUCCCUAUGGUGCAGGUUACUUCAGAGCAAAGGGGACCAAACCGUGUUUUGAAGAUGACUCAGCAAAAGUUUUGUGCUGAUGGUAGCCAAGGUGAUGACACACUGUGGAUGAUUCCAAUAACUAUAUCAACACAGGAGCAACCUUCAAAGGUUGCUCUGUCUACUGUAUUAUACAAAAGGUCUCAAGAAGUGGUAAUGGAAAAUGUAGCUGAGAGCUCGUGGGUCAAACUUAAUCCAGGAACUGUGGGAUAUUACCGCACCCGCUACUCAGCUGUAAUGUUGGAACAGCUAGUGACUGCUAUCCGAGAUGGCUCAUUGCCGCCUCUAGACCGACUCGGCCUGUUAGAUGAUUGUUUCGCCCUUGUCCAAGCUGGUCACACACAAACCUCGGAGUCGCUGAAACUCAUGGAGGCAUUCAGCAAUGAAACCAACUUUACAGUUUGGUCUUCAAUAUCAAAUUGUAUGUCUAAGCUGAGUGCACUUUUUUCAUACACAGCUUUGGACAAGCCUCUAAAGAAUUAUGGCCGUAAACUUUUCUCAAAUGUCACCAAAAGGUUAGGGUGGGAUGCAGAGGAAAAGGAAAGUCAUCUUGAUACACUUCUCAGGAGCUUAGUGCUAAAUAAAAUGAUCAGCUUUGAAGACCCAGACACUAUAAAAGAAGCAAAGAGCCGAUUCGAGAAGCACAUAUCGGGUGUAUGCGUACUCCCGGCUGAUUUGCGGUUAGAAUGUUACCGAGCUGUGCUGGCCGAAGCAGAUGAAGCUACAUUUCAGCGGUUUCUGGAAUUGUACCGUGCAGCUGACUUGCACGAGGAGAAAGACCGUAUUAGCUGCGCGCUUGGAGCCAUUAAAGAUCCUGCGCUCCUUAAACGUGUCCUUGACUUCGCUAUAUCGGAUGAAGUCCGCUCUCAAGAUACUGUAUUUGUAAUAGUAUACGUGGCUGUAAGUAAAAAUGGACGUGACCCUGCAUGGCAGUUCUUCAAAGAUCAUUGGCAGGAAUUGAUGGAUCGCUACCAGGGCGGCUUCUUGCUCGCGCAUCUCGCGAAAUCGACGACGGAGAACUUCACGUCGGAGGCGAGCGCGCAAGAGAUCGAGGAGUUCUUCGCGGCGCACCAGUCGCCGGGCACCGAGCGCUCGGUGCAGCAAGCGCUGGAGACGGUGCGCCUCAACGCCGCCUGGCUGCGCCGCGACCUAGCCUCCACCGACGACUACUUGCAGCCCUACCACUGA